AUGCAGCUUAAGGCCUUUCUUUUCGCUCUGUCCGCCACGGGCGCCAUGGCACAGCUCCCAGGCGUCACUGACAGCGUGGGCGCCUCCGUCCUAUCUGUCCUUGCGACUGCGAUCCCUCCGGAUUCGGUCUCUCUCGCCCUCACAGAUCCAGGUGCCUUCUCUUCGAUGCUUGCGUCUGCGCUCUCCGCCGGCUCAACUCCAUCCUGGUACCAGGCUCUCCCAUCCGACGUGAAGAGUUAUCUGCCAAAGCUGUAUCCUGCUUCCACUGUUGUUGAGACCACUGCCUCUGAGACUGGCGCAUCCUCGACCGACAUCUCCAGCGCUGUAGUAACCUCAAGCGCCUCAAUUAGCGCCAGCGUCUCUUCUUUGCGCAACUCCAGCAGCAUCACCUCCGUCAGCCACGCCACUCUCUCCUCUACCGGAGGCGCCAACUCCGCAGCCCCAUCCUCCUCUUCAACGGGUGGAGCCGCAUACCCAUCAGCCGUCGUCGGCGCCGGCCUCGCAGGAGCCCUGGGCUUCCUCGGUAUGCUUGCGUUGUAA